GACAGCGAGUUCUCCCCCGUCUUCCGCCUCCUGACCAUCUUCGCUUACGGCACCUACGCCGACUACCUGGCUGAAGCAGCAAACCUCCCUCCCUUGUCAGAGGCUCAGAAGAACAAACUGAGGCACCUGUCAGUCGUCACUCUGGCUGCCAAGAUCAAGUGCAUCCCCUAUUCGGUGCUGCUGGAGCAGUUACAGCUGAAGAACGUCCGACAACUGGAGGACCUUGUGAUUGAGGCUGUGUAUGCAGAUGUGCUGCGAGGGAGCUUGGAUCAGCGGAACCAGCGCCUGGAGGUGGAUUACAGCAUUGGGAGGGACAUCCGGAGGGAGGAGCUAAGCACCAUCACCCGCACAUUGCAGGAGUGGUGCCAGGGCUGCGAGGUUGUCUUGUCGGGCAUUGAAGAGCAGGUUAGCCGGGCCAACCAGCAUAAAGAGCAACAGCUGGCACUUAAGCAGCAGAUAGAGAGCGAGGUGGCAAACCUGAAGAAGACCAUUAAAGUGACAACAGCAGCUGCUGCAGCAGCCACAUCCCAAGACCCGGAGCAGCACCUAACAGAGCUCAGGGAGCCGGCCCCUGGCACCAAUCAGCGCCAGGCGAGCAAGAAAACUUCCAAAGCCAAAGGGCUCCGGGGCAGUGCGAAGAUUUGGUCUAAAUCAAACUAGUUGGAUCUCCCUUCACAACUGGGAGGGUGAGAGGAAGAGAUUUGGGGGAUGGAGGGGUAGCAAGGGUCCCAAGUGUGAUGCUUCUGAGCUCUUCUCUGAGAUCCUGUCUUGCCAACUAAUUCUCCUGCAUGUUUGUUCUCUUUCCUAUCUUCUUUACCGACUUCCCAGGCAGUGCCUCCCUCCUCUUCAUUACAGCAUUUCACACUCUAAGCUUCCAGUUGUACGCGUUGCUGUUUCCCUUACCCCUCAAGCCCCCAUAGCCACAGCUGUGUGUUUCUCUCUUUCUCUCUCCCUGUCCUUUGACAGGUCAAUUUAAAGAGCCAUAGAACUGUGUCGGUCACCUUUGCACCCGCAGGGCAUCACAGAAGCU